AUGGCAGGAAAGAAAGGAGGAAAGAAGGACAGCAACGCACCAAAGAAGCCAAAGACUGCAUACUUUUUAUACUGUGACGACAAGAGAGAAGAGGCUAAAAAAACGCUCGGAGGAGGAAAGAGUGCCUCUGAAGUAAGCAAGCUCUUGGGCGAAUGGUGGUCAAAAUUGACUGAAGAGGAAAAGAAGCCUUACAAUGACAGAUAUAAGGUUGCAAUGGAACAACACAAGAAGGAAAUGGAACACUACAAGAAGAACAAGCCAGAAUCUUCAUCGGAGGAAGAAGACUCUGAGGAUGAUGGUGGUAAGAAGAGAAAGAGAGGAAAGAAGGCAAAGAAGGACAAGGAUGCUCCAAAGAGACCACUCACUUCAUACAUGCUCUUCUCUCAAGACAAGAGAAAGGAAAUUUUGCAAGCCAAUCCAGAAUUGAAGGUGACCGAAGUUGCCAAACAAGUGGGUGCUAUGUGGAAGGAAAUGUCUGAAGAGGAAAAGAAGCCAUACAACGACAAAGCUGCAAAGCUGAAGAAGGAAUACGAGGUCGAAAAGGCCAAGUAUGAUUCCACUCAUGGCGACUCCUCAAGCAAAUCACCUGCCAAGAAGAAAAAGAAGGCUGAAUCAGAGGACGAGUCUGAAUCAGAGGAGGAGGAAUCUGACAGCGAAUAA